CUAUAAGUCACCUUUGCUCCUUUCGGCUUCCUCUGCCCCACACAGGCAUGGUGCGGCGAGCGCUGGCGCUGUUCAAGGCCUCCUUGGCCGUGGCGGGAUGCGGGGCGCUGGCGCUGCUGUACUUCCUGGCCUCGGACCCCAGCGGCGAGCUGGUCCACCCGACGGGCCUCCAGAUUCCGCUCAUGGCCCCCCUGGGUACCGUGAGCAACCUGGGCCACCAGCACAGGGAAGGCGCCACCGCCAACCAGUCAGGCCUGCCCCCGCCCGGGUACUUGGUGUACAGCCCAGUCUGCCGCAUCCCGGACACGGACCCGUACCACCCGUCGCUGCAGAAGCUGGUGCAGCGCGAGGACCCCGUCGUGUGCUCGGCGCUGCCGCCGCUGACCUACACCCGGCUGGUGGCGUUCGCCGACGUCGACGCCCCGGGGUACCCGCUGGCCAUGCACCUGCUCCGCCUCGACGACGACCUUCUGCCCAAGUACAUGCCCAGGUUCUACCACAACAUCACCUGCUGCUACCAGAGCGUCACCCGUGUCGACCCGGCACCCAACGCCAAAGCCUUCGAUAAGGAAGUCGACAAUAAGUAUAACAUGGGGCGCUGCGAGGACCUGGUGGGCGAGGCGCAGCUAGACCCAGAGGUCGAGUUCGUCAUCGUGCGUUGUUCGGCGAGCCGGCCGGGCUGGCGCACCAAGAAGGUCUACACCAACAUGCACGCCGUGGUCGCGCCCAAGGCCUCGGUGCGAGCGAAGCUCCGAGCGCACCCUGCCCGGGAGCCCGGAGACCCUCGCCUGUCCGUGCUCAUCAUCGGCGUGGACUCGGUGUCCAGGCUCAACUACUUCCGCACCAUGCCGCGCACCUCGGACCUGCUGCGCCAGUACGGCUGGUACGAGCUGCGCGGCUACAACAAGAUCGAGGACAACACCUUCCCCAACCUCAUGGCCAUCCUCACGGGCAUGACGCGGCCCGAGGUGGAGGCCACGUGCUUCCAGACGGCCAUGACGCCGAUGGACAGCUGCCCGAUCAUGUGGGGCAACUUCUCGCGAGAGGGCUACGUGACGGCCUACGUGGAGGACGAGCCCACCAUCGGCACCUUCAACUACAAGAAGGCCGGGUUCGCGCACGCGCCCACCGACUACUACAUGCGGCCCUUCUUGCUGGCCGCCCAGGAGCACAUGGAGGUGCGGAGGCUGCACCGGCUGGGCGCCUGCCUGGGGCCCUCCACCGCGGCGGAGCACAUCCUCGGCUACGCGUCCAGCAUGGCCACGCUGCUCCGGGACCACCUGUACUUUGCGCUCUUCUGGAUGAACUCGUUCAGCCACAACAGCGUCAACUCGCCCAGCGCCAUGGACGAGCGCCUCUUCCACUUCUGGCGGGACCUGCUGCGGUCCGGGGCGCUGCGCAACACCAUGGUGCUGUUCCUCAGCGACCAUGGCAUGCGCUUCGGCAAGAUCCGGGAGACUGAGGUCGGGUGGCUGGAGGAGCGCCUGCCGUUCAUCAACGUGUGGCUGCCCGAGGCCUUCCGGCAGCGCUACCCGGACCUGGAGCGGGGGAUGCGCCUCAACCAGGACCGGCUGACCACGCCGUGGGACGUGCACAUCACGCUGCGCGACGUGCUGCGCGCGCCCUGGGCCCGACCCCAGGACCCGCCCCUGGACUCCGGGGGGUGCGCGGCGUGCCCCGGGUGCUCGUCCCUCUUCCGGCCCGUGGCCGCGGAGCGGAGCUGCACCGACGUGGCCGUCGAGCAGCACUGGUGCACGUGCACCGAGUACCGCGUCCUCUCCACCGAGGACAAGAGCGCGCGCGCCGCGGCACAGCACGUCGUGCGGUUCAUCGAGGACAAACUGGGCGAGCGGGCCAACGGCGCCGUCCUGAGCGCGGGCUGGCACUGCGCGUCGCUCUCCCUCAAGCGCGUCAAGUCAGUCCGAGGCCGCGAGCUGGACCGCUCCGCCCAGGACUUCAUCGUCAUCAUGGAGACCACCCCCGGCCGGGCCGUGUUCGAGGCCACGGUGCGCGUCAACCGGACCGGGGGCGGCGAGAACGACAAGCAGAGCGUGCAGUACGACCUGCUGGGCUCCAUCAGCAGGAUCAACGAGUUCUGGGAGCACAGCCACUGUAUCCAUAGCGCCGACCUCAAGAAGUACUGCCACUGCGCCAAGGGGCCAAAGGCCAAGGCCCCCGACAAGGUCAAGACGCGCGCAAAGGGCGGGUAGACAGACUUUAGCUUAGUGACAACGACUGAGUCAGAUCAUGACGGAAGAAAUAAUCUGUGGUAUAGUUCUGUAGUAGGAGGCCCCACACACUGCAAACGCAAAUCCAUCAACGUGCAUUUCAUCGGCUGAAACGAAUGCAGUGUGUUCUGUCUGGGCCUCGGAAUGUUUCUAUUUUUCUAUAGAUAAAACACGUUUCCUUAGA